CACUUUAGGAUCUCCUCCGUCUGAAGUCAGUCCCUUGUGAUACUCUUAAUUAAUUAAUUAAUUAAUUUACUUUACAUCCAGAUCACAGCUUUUCCUCCCUCCUCUCCACUCAGCCCUUCCCUCCUUUUUUUUUUUAAUUUUAUUUUUCUUGGAUAUUUUAUGUAUUUACAUUUCAAAUGUUAUCCCUCUUCCCCCUCUCCCUGCUUCUCGGAUUCUGGUGUGGGUGGAGCCAGUAAGAGGUUGUUGUCUAGCUUUGAAUCUUCAAAGUGAACUCAGGAGUCUCAGAAAGGCAGAAGAAGAUGAUGUUGUCCAGGGACCUCAGAGCUGAAGCUGCAGUUCGGCUGUGGAUAAUGUUCUUGCUCCUGGAGGAUUUACUGGGCGCUUGUGCAGUGGGUGACUACCAAAGACGAGUGCCUUCUGCCCCCAACACAGACAUCAGGAACACUCUAGAGAAGCCUAGAGUAACCACACAGGAGGUAGCAGGACCCCACACUCUGCGCUAUGACCUCAUGGCCUUGUCUCUGAAGUUGCCUGAGUUGCCCCAGGUCCUGAUCUGGAGAUACUUUGAUGAUGAGCCCUUCCUACAUUAUAAUGAAAGCAGCAACAGAACAGACUCCUGGGAACCUAGGAUCAAGAGACAUUGGAGAGCUAUGACUUGGGCAAGAGAGACUGAGGAUCUGCAGGAAAUGGUGGAGCAACUCAAAAGGAUGCUAGCUGAGGUCACAGGCCAGAAAGGCCAAGAUAAGGGCCUUCACAUCCUCCAGGCAACCCUGGGCUGUGAGCUUCAAAGAAAUGGAAGCACUAGAGGCUUCUGGCACCUGGGCUAUGACGGGCGGAACCUCCUCACCUUCGACCAGAAGACUCUCACAUGGACAAUGGAUAUGCCCUUCACCCAGCAGAAGAAGACGUUCUGGGAGCCACGUGCACCCAGGGCUGACCUAGUUAAGACGUUCUUGGAUGACACAUGUCCUGCUCAGCUCCAGAGACAUCUGGCUUCCUUGAGAAGUGAACCACUUGACACAGGUUCCCCGAUGGUGAUCGUGACCUUCAGGAAUUAUCCACUGGGCAGGGUCACACUGACAUGCCGGGCUUUUAAUCUGUAUCCCCAUAUGGCCACCAGGGGCACCCUGGCCUGGCUUCAGGAUAGGAAGCUGGUAAAGCAGAAAGCUUUUGAACCAGGGACCAUCUUGCCCAGUGGGGACAGGACCUACCAGAUCUGGGUGUCCAUUUGGGUUCUUCCUGGACAGGAACCACAGUUCACCUGUAAUCUGAGUUACCAUGGUGGCAACAUAGAGAAGCGUGCUGUUAUUGUGAACACUGUCUCUGGUGAGAAAACAAGACAACCUUCCACCUCAGGUGUGGGAGGCAGGGUCAAGAAAAGCCUGUGGACUACAAUGACCACAGCUUUUAUGGUGACCUCCUGGACCAGGAAAACUGGUGGGGACUCCACUCUGCUUCUGCUCUGGUGGCUUCUGUUCUUUUCUACAGUGUUGGCAGUUCUGACCCUCGUCUAGAGCAGCACGAACACCCAAGACAGCAAGAAACCAGGUGAGCAUCCCUGCAGGCUGUAAGAGAAGGUGGCAGGAGUGGUGAGAGGCCUUGUAUACUGUACGAGUAGAAAGGUAGUCACCCACCCACUAUUUUAUCAGGCUGGUGAACGGAGGGACCUAAGGAGUCACCAUCCCCGGCCUGUUAACCUGCCCUGCUGUUGAAAAGCACCGCCCCCUGGUGGAAGGACAGUGCUACUUCGGAUGUGUUCUUCCACACAUUAUGGAAUACAGGGGCAGGGAAGCAGGCUGGACACUCACAACAAGGUACUGGUUGUGGCAACCUACAAAUGUCCCCGUCUCUUCACCAAACACAUAGAAAACAAACAGCCAAACAAGACAGAGGGAGAACUGUUAGCCCGUGAGGUGAUCGAGAGUCAUUUUACCAGGUGAUGAUGUCUUCUCCAAUUUCAUCUUGAUUCAAACAUGGAAACUUCUCCUCAAAAUAUGUCCAUGAAACACCUGGGGGAGGUAUUGUACAUAUAUAUAAAUAUAAACAUCUAAAAGAUUUUGAAGAUAUUUUAUUCUCUAUGGUCUCCUUAAAUCUAUACUAAUAAUCAAAUGGAGUUUUAGGGUCCAAUACAGGAUUUCUGCCCCAUUUUCAAAGUUAAACUAUUAUUCUCCUGCCUUCACCAUGCCAGCCUAAAACGAUCACAGCAAACCUUGUUAGAUGUUAAUACCCCUCCACAAUAAAAGAAGAGCAAGUCGUCCCAACCAAUUUUAUGUUAAAAAUAAAAUAAAUUAAAAUUAAAAAUUAUAUUUCUAUAAUUGUUUUUAAAAAUAAAAAAUGUUAUAAAAUAAGAAUAUAUAGUAUCAAAAUAAUAAAAUGAUAUUAAAUAUUAAAAUUAUUUUAGUAAAGAUUUAUGCAUAAAGAUUAAAUGGAUAUAUGGUUACAGAAUAAAACACUGAAGUGAUUUUAGAAGUUAUGAGUAACUAGUUUAAUGUAUAUAAAGGAUAAGACUUAAAAAUAAUUCGAGCCUAGCAAGCGCAAGGCCCUGGGUUCGGUCCCCAGCUCCAAAAAAAAAAAAAGAAAAAAAAAGCACAAAAAUAAUUCGAUAUUACAGUUUUUAGGUCUGUGAUUAACAAUUAUUUUUAAAAUGGAUAUAAUGUACAUCAAGUCAAGGUUCAUUUUAAAAUACCUGGCUUUAAGGCAAGACCUCUAGUAGAGGGAUAAGGACAACAACCCACUCACAAAAUUUUGACCCAAAAUUUGUCCUUUCUAAAAGAAAUACAGGGACAAAGAUGGACCAGAGACUGAAGGAAUGGCCAACCAAUCAAUCACCAGCUCAACUCAAGACCCUUCCCGUGGACUAGCACCAAUCCCUGACGUUAUCAAUGAUAUCCCGUAAUGCUUGCAGCCACAAGCCUAGCAUAACUACUCUUUUAGAUGCCCCACCCAACAGCUGACCAAAACAGAUGCAGACAUCCACAGCCAAACAUUGUACAAUGGUCUGGGGCUCUCAUGGAAAGGAUUGAAAGCACUGAAGGGAUAGGAACGCCACAGGGAGACCAAAAGAGUCAAAUAUCCUGGACUCUUGGGCUCUCAGAGACAGAACAACCAACCAAAGAGCAUACAUGGGCUGGAGCAAGGCCCCACACACAUAUAUAGCUAACAUGCAGUUCAGUCUCCAUGGCUGCCUUGUCUGGCCUCAAUGGAAGAGGAUACAUCUAACCCUGCAGAGACUUGAUGUUCCAGGAUAAGAGGAUACCCAGCGGAAGUCUAACCCUCUCAGGGGUAAAGGGGAAGGGAUAGGGGAGGGACUCUGGGAGGGAGCACUGUGAGGGGAGACGACUUUGGAAUGUAAAAAAAAAAAUCUGGCUUCUAAAAUAUUGCAUGAUAGUUAUAAGUAUCAGAAUGAGGUCAUUGAUCUUCUUCAGUGUCUCUUCACCUGUGGGUCACAAGCUCCAGAUAUCCUGCAUAUCAGAUAUUUACAUUAUUAUUCAUAAGAGUAACAAAUUUACCAUUACAGCCUAGCAACAGCCUGUUGUGGGGUCACUAAAAUGUAGGGAACUGUACUAAAUGGUCACAGCAUUAUAGAGUUUGAGAACAGUAGUGCUAGAUGUUUCCCAUGUGGGGCCUGCACUGCCUUUUUUAACUGUCCUGGGAUAUUACCCAUCAUUCCUAUUUGUCAUUGGUGGGUCAGCACAGAUGUGACCUGUUAGGCCUAUGACUUUGGGGUAUAGUAAGGGUUGGAUAGACAUUAUCAAUUCAUUCAUCACUUGAGUUUUCCAGUCUCUAAUCACCCACAAGUUACCUCAAUGGAUGGACCUUUUCCAGUACACGGUGAAAAUCUGGUGCCCUGGUUUCACAGUGGGAUUCUUCCUUCAGUGGCAUAGUCCGGAAUUCUAAAGAAAACUCUGUGCCUCUGAACAACAACAAAAAACAAAACAAAACAAAACAAAAAACAAACAAAACAAAACAAACAAACAACAAAACAAAAACCACCUGAGGAACUGGUCAACUGGUCCACCUGUCCUGCAAAUGCCCACCAGGUCUUGAUGAAGAUGGCUUUCUAGGAUGCCCUUAUUGUCCACAUCCUGAUAUAGUAUCUCCCAGACCACACCCUAUUAUAGUGUCUCCUAGGGCAAAAGUUCAGCAAGACUUUUGACUAUUAGCCCCAGGUAAUGUGAGCAUUUAUGGGACAUUUGGAGAAAAUGAGCAACUAUGACACAGACAUUGUUUUAUAUUUGACCUCACUACCUGUGUUACCUCUUCAUGUUUGUUACUGGCUGGGAGUUCCUCUAUUGGAGAGAAUGGAGGACACUUCAAAAUGACUUGCAUCAAUUGUAUCCCCUCUAAUUGUAUAAACUCCACCCCUCUGCUCAUAACAACUUCUCUUGCUUCCACAGCCUUCUUUGGCAGGGGCCAUGUUGUCUCUCCUGGGAAAGGUACAUGAAUGUUCUGUGAAUGACCUCCUUGAGGCAAGGUCCCUUGGAGUUUUUCUCCAUUUUGGCAAGGACCAGUGGGAAAGAUAACAAGAAUGACUGCAUCAAUCCUUUGGAAAUUUAACUAUGAUUUCUAUUUAUUCAAAAAGUUAAGAUAGGACUGACUAAGACUUUUAAUUUUUUAUUUUUUAUUGGUUAUUUUAUUUAUUUACAUUCCAAAAAUUGGAAUUGUUGUUCCCCUUCCCGGUUUCCCCUCUGCAAGCCCCCUAACCCAUCCCCCAUCCCCCUGCCUCUGUGAGGGUGCUCCCCCACCCACUCCUGCCUCACUACCCUAGCAUCCACCUAUGCUAGGGCAUCGAGCUUCCACAGGACCAAGAGUCUUCCCUCCCAUUGGUGCCAGAUAAGACCAUCCUCUGCUACAUAUGCAGCUGGAGCCAUGGGUCCCUCCACGUGUACUCUUUGGUUGAUGAUUUUGACUAAGACCUGUAAAGAAGAUCCCAUAUUGGAUGGUCUCAGAUUUGAUAGGAAUAUAUGAGGACAAAGGAAGGGGUUUGGAAACAUCAACUACAUUUUCUGAGCACCUAAGCAUGUGAAUACAUUCAAGAGAGGGAAAAUUCAAAACUCACUUAGAAAAGAUAGGGCCUAAAGGUCAACAGUAAAGAGGUCAUUCUCAGGACAAGUUACUUCAUUCCUAGGAUAAGUUAGUAAGUAAAAUUUGCUGUGCUCUUAAAAGAAACAUAAGUUGAAUAGAUUCAUCUUUGCCUUAGGUAAGGGUUUAUACAAAAGAAAGAACAGUAUGUAUGAGUGGACGGACAAGUGUUAAUUGUCAGUUUCUGCUCUUUAUAGAAAAGUUGUAUAGGGCAGGACCAUACUGUAAAACUAAGAGAUUAUGGCACAAAGAUAACUUGCAUACGUUGUGAGCAUCCUGAGUUAGGAGGUGAUAAAACACAGAGGUUAUAUUCCUGUCAAAUGCUUGGAUUCCUGUUGUCUUUUACUUUGAAACUGCAUGUCUGCUGCCGGCCUAUGCACAAACUAGAUGUGCCUGUCUGGCUCUAAUCAUUUUGGCUUGCAAUACAACACUUAAGUCAUUAUGGCUUGCAGUAUUCAGGUGUGCUUAGCUAUGACAUAAUCAUCUGGAUUGUAAUGCUACACUGCUUAGACGUGGGAAACGGUGAUCUCUGACAUCGACGAAGUAAGGGGAACUUAAAAUGAGUUUUAGUAAACACUUUUUGAGAUACUUAAAUAGUGAUUAAGAAAAAUCUAAAACUGUAUGUGUUUGAAUGCUCUGAAAUUCUGUAUAAAUAAAGACAGCGUGAGCUAUUCAGGGUCACUUUAUUGAAGGGCACCACAUGGUCAGUGUCGUUGACUCCACAUCUCUGUUCCAGGUUACCGAACUCAAUGGGCAAGGACUCCGGCACUUCCUGCAUUCAUUAUGGCUCCUGUGCUCUGUAUGGCUCCUGUACUCCAUAUGAUUCCGAACAACAGAUUCACAACAGAUUCACAUCAGGCUCCUUCCAGAAAAAGGAAGGUUCUCGGGUCUUGUUUUAACUAGCAUGUUUGUAGUAUCACUGUUAUUAGUACCUAAAGCUGCUUCCAUAGCGACCCAACAAGUACAAACUGCCCAUUUUGUUAAUUGGCAGAUGCCAUGCAGGAGUAGCAGCAAUGGUCAAGUGAGCUCCCUGGAGAAGGCCCACCAUCUUGUCCUCCUGAGAUGCGUGUGCUCUGGUGAGGCAUUGCCCCAGAGACUUAGUCCCAGGGCUGUUCCUGCUACUGUGUGUUUUCUCAUGGUUGUCAGUACCGUGCUCCUCAUUGAUUUGGCUUGGUGAGAGUGGACUCCGGGAGACCCUCACUCACUGCCUACAGACUGUUGUGGUUACUUCCUGGUUGCCAGCCACCCUAUUGGGAAAAUGUCCUGCAGAUCAACAUGAAGAUGAGCUUUCGUGAAUUAAUGCCGUUUAGGUGGUUGUUUUGCCAGAAAGAUGUAGUAAAGUUAGAACUGAGAAUAAAUUGUGCCCCCUCCUCGUAGAAUGGUUAAGUAAGGGCUGCAUAACAAGGAGUACAAUGAGCUUUCAUACAUUGCACUAAGAAGAGAAAUAGGAUUAAGACAGAUUUGUGAUGAAAGAAGAAACCUUCUUUCUAGGUCCGGUCCAAGGAAGAAGCCACAGGUGUGCACUGUGAUAAAGCAAGGCCGUGUGGAACUGUUGCUUUGAACUUAUAACGAGCUUACAAAAUGAAAAGCUGCUUUGAACUUACUAUCCCUUUGGACAACAUCCUUUUGAACUCCCCUUAUAUGUAACAUUUUCUCUAUGAGGUAAUUUUAUAAAUAAUUUUUUAAUCUAAAAAUGUAUAAAAAGGCUAAGAAAAAAGUGUGGCUGUUGAGGCUCUGCCCCAUCCAACAAGUGUGUGUGUGUGUGUGUGUGUGUGUGUGUGUGUGUGUGUGUGUGAAUGUAUGUAUUACAAUGUGUCUUUGUGUAUAUAUGCCUGUCUGUAUGUAUGUGUACAUACAUACAUAUGUAGAUAUGUAUGUAUUUAUAUAAGUAUUCAUGUGCACUUGUGAAACAGGUGUGUGUGUGUGUGUGUGUGUGUGUGUGUGUGUGUGUGUAUCUGACUUUCUUUAUUUCCUUCGUCUGUGAAAUUGCCAUCAGCUUUUGGCGCCAGAACAGCAAGAGAGUUAAAAGCCAGAAGUCAUUGGCCUUCAGCCUUUGGUUGUGUCCCACCUCAGUACCUGAUCCAGUUGAAGCUGGCCCACAGCAGCUAAUCAGCUAGCUUAUAAUCCUUCUGUAGCUUCUGCCUCACAGGAAUGUAUAGAUACAAACCUAGAAGCUGUCUUGAAUGCUUUAGAAACUAUGUGAUUGUACCUAGGAGAUACAGUACAAACUGCACAGCAUCCGUUAGUUACAGGAUCCUGCUGCUGUUAUAUGUGUAUGUUACUCUUUUAAGCUAAAUGAAAAUGAAAUAAAAUUUAAAAUAACUUACAGGGAA